GUAGGUUACUUGUACAGUGACCGGGACAGGAUGGAAGUAUCACGGAUGACCUGAGACGAAUACUAAGUAAAUUUUUAAUUACAAAGGACGGAACCAACGACUUAAGUUCGUAACAUCGCCGCAUUAUUUAGAAAAUAUAAAAUGUUAUGUUUCUUUGUGCAAAAUGAUCGCCAGAUGUUUCGUGUUUCAUUGAUGCUCAGUCGUGGAAAGGGAAAGUCCGCAAAACUCAUAUGCAGCGCGUUAGAACUAUUGUAUAGCGGUUCACACUUUUUUUGAAACUAUUUCAAAACAGCAAGGCUGAGCCUUAUUUUACAUUUGAGCUAAUAUCUCGUUAAAUAUCUUGAAGUGAUCUUUUAAUAACUUGCUAGAUCCUUGGAACUGCGGGGCCGCGCAGUGAAGACUCGGGUGAAGAUAAUGGGGAGCCCCAGGAUCAGAACAGCUCUGUCCUUGCAGUUCUGUGUCUUAGCUUUUUGGAACUUUCAUUUGGCAACACGAGCUCAAGAAGACGGUCCUCUCCAAUAUUACGACGACGAAAAUGUCAUUGAUCUUCUAGAAGCUCUGAAUAUCACACGGUCCAUAAAGGGUGUGACCAAGGCCAAGGGCAUGGAGCCAGGCAUCCCAGCCUGGAAGUUCCGUCAGAGGGUGCCUCACCUCACCCUGCCCAGGGACUUCUCCAUCUACUUCCUCAGCACCAUGCAGGGCUCCAUCGGGUUCCACUUUGUGGCCCAGCAGGCCAAGAACUCAGACGGCGCCCUCAUAUCCUUCAUCUCGCCGGCCGCCCUGAAGAAGGACGGCCACCCGCUUCUCCAGCUGGUCUCCAGCACCCGCUCCAACCAGCUGCGUCUGGACUACCGGGCCGUUCACAGCAUGGAGCCCGCCAGUAUCCUGUUCCCUGGUGGCACGCCCUUCUCCAAUGACCGCUGGGCCCGUGUCGCCCUCAACCUGGAGCCCCACAAGAUCUCGCUUUUCAUUGACUGCGAGGAGGCCAUCGUCUUCGAGAAAACGAGGAGUGAAGACGUCUUGAGCCUCACCUUGCCCAUUGACCUGGAGAUCACCUUUGCAAGUGUGCCCGGUGACAAGGCCAGUAAGUUCAUGGGUUACUGGCAAACAGCAGAAGUCUCCACCAGUGGUUACAUCAGACGUCCAUGGCACUGUGAAAAUCUAUCAGACUCCAUGCCCCACUCCCUUCCCAGUACUGAAAUGGAAGACCCCUACGGGAAAGAUCCCAGCGUGCACCUGGAGCCGCAGUCUGACUCAGCACAUGACCAGCCUCAGCGCACUCACCUGGGCCCCCCUGGGUCGCAGCGGGGGUCAAAGCCCCUGAACCCAGAGGAGAGGAUUCGGAGGCUGGAGGAGCUGGUUGAUGGUCUCAGCACCAUGCUGGACAUGGUCAAGGCUCAGAAUACGGACCUGGUGUCGCGGGUUCAGUACCUGGAGACGUGCGAGUGCCGUCGGCCAACGUGCACCUGGGAGGAGCGGGAGGUGGAGGAGGGGGCUCGCUGGGAGACGGACCAGGGCUCCACCUGCGAGUGCGUCACCGGGAAGGUGCAGUGUGCUGUCAGUGAUGGUUGUGUCUUCGAAGGCAAGACGUACAGCAAUGGAGAUGUGUUCAGCCCGGACCCGUGUGAGUCCUGUGUGUGUGAGAACGGCCGGGCCAAGUGUCAGCGGGGCCGCUGCCACCCCCUGUCCUGUCUGAACCAGUAUAUCCCUGAAGGGGAGUGUUGCCCAAUCUGCCAACCAGGCUGUGAGUAUGAAGAAGAAGUCUAUGAGAAUGGAGCUGUCUUUGUAUCGAGAUCCAACCCCUGUCAGAAAUGCACAUGUACAAACAGCCUGGUGAAAUGUACCCCAGUUCAGUGUCAGCCUACAAGAUGCUCAAGACCUUUUCAGAUACCAGGCCAGUGCUGUCCCACCUGUUCAGCCUGUGAUGUAGACGGCAGACCUUACAAUGGCUCUUUCAACACUCUGGAUGGCUGCCAGAUCUGUACCUGCAGGAAAGGGGACACGUCAUGUGUAGACGUGCAGACAUGUCAGCACUCCUGCAGCCAUGGGGUGAAGCCGCCGUAUGGAUCCUGCUGUCAGGACUGCUCACGCUGCAGUAUGGAUGGGCAGAUCAUCCUAGAUGGUGCGUCCUUCUCUGACCGCCAGGAUCCCUGCAAGCGCUGCGUCUGCAUGAAUGGGAACUUAGUGUGCACUGCGGUCUCCUGUCCUCCGCUGGAUUGUGUGGCCGCUGAGACCAGUGAGGGCGAGUGUUGUCCCAUGUGCCGAGGCUGUGUUCACAAUGGCAUUCAGCGUGAGCAUGGACUGCAGUGGCGCAUGCCAGACAACCCCUGUACCAUCUGCACGUGUGUGGAGGGCCAGGUCCAGUGUCAGGCUGAAAAGUGUGCCCCCUCAUGUAAAAACCCCUCUAGCCCACCACCAGGCACCUGCUGUCCUGUCUGCAAAGGUUGUGGUAUGAAUGGCCGAGACUACCUCAAUGGGGAACAGGUACCUGGUGCAGAUCGCUGUCAGGAGUGCACUUGUUUUAAUGGUGACCUCAAGUGCAGUCCCACCUCCUGCCCCCACGCACUCUGCAGAAAUCCAGUCACAAGGCCUGGAGAAUGCUGCCCACGAUGUGAACAGUGUGAUUAUGAGUCUCAGGUGUAUGUGGACGGACAAGUCUUUGUCUCCCGCCUGGAUCCCUGCUCACGCUGUCAGUGUUCGGGUGGGGAGGUUUCCUGUGAGCGCCUGGACCACACCUGCCCCCCUCUGCAGUGUACUCACCCAGCCCAGACCAAGAGCCAGUGCUGCCCCACGUGUGAGAUGUGUGAGUAUGAGCGUAAGGUCUACACCAAUGGGAAAAGAUUCAACCCCCCAGGAAGCGGACCCUGUGUCCAUUGUACCUGCAUGAACGGGAAUGUGAGGUGCCACCAGGAAAAGUGUCCCCUCAUCCAGUGCUCCAACCCCGUCAUAGACCCACAGCUGUGCUGCCCCGUCUGUAAAGUUUGUGUGGUGGACGGGCUGGAGUUUGAGGAGGGGGAAGAGUGGGACGCUGAAGGCCAGCCCUGUCGCCGCUGCCGCUGUGUGGGCGGGGAGCCUGUAUGUCAUGUGACCCGCUGUCCCGCCGUGUCCUGCCUGCACCCCAGCAAGCUGGAGGGCCAGUGCUGUGCCACCUGUGACCUCUGCUCCUACAACCAGCGCAUCUACAGCAACGGGCAGGACUUCCAUGACCCCGACGACCCCUGUCAGCAGUGCAGGUGUCAGGAUGGCACAGUUAAGUGCACUGUAGCGCAGUGCCCACCUCCAACCUGCUCCAGCCCCCAGACGCCCCCGGGACAGUGCUGUCCCCAGUGCCCGAACUGUGACUUUGACAACCGUGUGUUUGUUGACGGAGAGGAGUUUCCCAGCCCAGUGAACCCGUGCCAGGAGUGUGUGUGUUCUGGGGGCCGAGUGGACUGCCAGGAUCAGGAGUGUCCACACCCCACCUGCACAUACCCACUAUCAGGGUCCUGCUGUCGGAACAACUGCAACGGUUGUAACUAUGCUGGGAAGGAGUACCCAAAUGGAAUGGAAUUCCCUCAUCCUACGGACAGAUGCAGGACCUGCCAUUGCAUUAAUGGAAACGUCCAGUGUCUGAUGAAGCGGUGUCCCCCACAGCAGUGCAGCAACCCUUCCAUGGUACCUGGAGAGUGCUGCCCCCAGUGUCCGGCGCCACCUGCAGACUGCCUGUACAAGGGGCAGUCCUACAAGCACAGUGAGCGCUUCUACGACCCCGCGGAUAAGUGUCGCACCUGCAUCUGCACCAAUGGGAGUGUGAGCUGCCAGCGCAGACCCUGCAGCCACGCCCACUGCACACACCCCAUACUGCAGGACUGCUGCCGCACCUGUGACGGCUGUCUGUACGAUGGGAAGGAGCACGCUAACGGGGAGACGUUUGCGGACCGCUCAGACCCCUGUGGGAUGUGUGUGUGCAGACAGGGCACGGUGACCUGUGAGAGAAAGCACUGCCCUGCGGUCACAUGUCCUUUCCCUGUGCAGACACAGUGCUGCCAGAUCUGUGACGGGUGUAGCUAUGUUGGGGAAGAGUACCUUAAUGGUGAGGAGUUCACUGACCCGCGUAGCAAGUGCAAACGCUGCUCCUGCGCAGGAGGUCAUGUGACCUGCAGCCCUAAACCCUGCUACACAGCCAGCUGCUCCCAUCCUGUCACCCGCCCUGGAAGCUGCUGUCCCGUCUGUGAAGGAUGUUUAUAUAACGGUGUGGCUGUCACCGAUGGCCAGUCCUUCCCAGAUCCUAAAGACUCAGAGUGCUCUGAGUGCACCUGUAGGGCCGGGACUGUGCAUUGUAUCAGGAGGAUUUGUUCACCUGCGCCUUGCUCGCACCCUGCCCCUGGGCCCUGCGACUGUCCCGUCUGUGAAGGAUGUGUGUUCCAGGACAGGUCCUAUGUUGAUGGAGACGUCUUCUCUGGUCCCAAGGGGACCUGUCAGGACUGCAAAUGCAUGGACGGAGAGGUGACCUGUGGCUCGAAGCAGUGCCCCAAGGUUACAUGCACGCACCCCGCCAAAGACAUCUGCACCUGCCCCGUGUGUGAGGGGUGCCACUUCAAUGGCCGGGACUGCAAUAAUGGGGAACACUUCACAGACCCGAAAAACAAGUGCCAGCGCUGCACCUGUCUGAAUGGGGGGGUCACCUGCGUCCCUGUGGCCUGCAGCCCGACCUCCUGCCGGAACCCCAUCACCCCCCUGGGACAGUGCUGUCCGGUGUGCACUGGGCGCUGUAAGCACAAGGGACAGGUGUACGAGAGCGGUGCCACCUUCGACUCCCCGUCCGACCGCUGCCGCUCCUGCACCUGCCUGAACGAGGCGGUGACAUGUCACAGGAAGCCGUGCCCGCAGCAGUGCUCCCACCCGGUGCCCUCGGGGGGCUGCUGCCCGGCCUGUGAUGGGUGUCUGUACGAGGGCGUGCAGUACACCUCCACCCAGACCUUCACCCCCGCCGCCAACCCCUGCCAGCGCUGCAGCUGCGUGAGGGGCAGCGUGGCCUGCACUCCCCAGGUCUGCCCCCCGACGCCUUGCCUGAACCCCGUCACCCCGCCCAACCAGUGCUGCGCUAAGUGCCCAGCGGUGUGUUUCCACCAGGGGCAGGAGUAUGCGGACGGGCUGCGCUGGGUCCCUUCUGCAAACCGCUGUCAGGAGUGCACCUGUGUGAGAGGUGACGUGCGCUGUUCGGAGGUGGUGUGUAAUCCCCCCUGCAGUCACCCGUCUCCCUCGCCCCUGGGGCAGUGCUGUCCUCAGUGCCAGGACUGCUUCCUGGAGGGAGUGCUGUACGGUGACGGGGACGACUUCACCCUGGACGGCUGCCGCCAGUGCUCCUGUAGCGGUGGUAAUAUCCUCUGCUCCAACAUCGAAUGCCCCAAACUGACCUGCAUGCAUCAAGUGACCGAGCCAGGAACCUGCUGUCCACGAUGCAGAGGUUGUACGUACGACGGUCGUGAACACACGGAAGGCAGCACCUGGUUCGCCUCCAGCACUCCCUGCAUGUCGUGCAUGUGCGUGGAUGGCGUGACCACGUGCUCUGAGGUGCGCUGCGUGUCUCCGUGCCUCAACCACAUCCAGGUCCCGGGGGAAUGCUGCGCCGUGUGUGCAGACUGCGUCUACAACGGUCAAGUGUAUGCCCCCGGCGACAGCUUCCACCCCUCCAACGAUCCAUGCCAGAUCUGCACCUGCGAGGUAAUGCCAGAUGGGGAACAGCACCUUCACUGUUACCGGAAGCAGUGUCCCAGCCUGGUGGACUGUCCGAAAAACCAUAUCCUCUUCUCUGGUCCGGACUCCUGCUGCCCCGUGUGUGCCCAGCCACUGAGCAACUGCACAGCAACCUUGAUUGGCAACGAGGUCCACGCCACGGAUGACCCCUGUUUCACCUGUCAGUGCAAGGACUUGACCUGGACGUGUGUCCAUCAGGGGUGUCUCCCUCUCAGCUGCCCUGUGUCAGAGCAGUUCACCCCUGAGGACUCCUGCUGUCCCACCUGCAAUGAGUGUGUGAUUGAGGGAGGAAUCCAACGCUUGGCCAAUGGGGAAAGCUGGACAGACCCCCUGGAUGAAUGCAUCACCUGCACUUGUAACCUGGGCUAUAUUGAGUGUAACAUCCAGGAGUGUGAGCCCUUGGUAUGCCAGGAUGGCCUGGUAAAGGUGAAGUCCCCAGGGCAGUGCUGCUAUGAAUGCCAAGACCCCAGCGUGUCAUGCGUAUACCAGGGCACAAUCUACCAGUCGAACGAACACUGGGAGGUGGACGAGUGUACAUCCUGUACCUGUGUGUCCGGGGACGUGCACUGCCAAACAGAACGAUGUCCGCUGGUCACCUGCGCCUCGGAUGAGACCCCAGCUCUGAUCCCUGGGAUGUGCUGUCCCCACUGCAUCCCGAGGCCAGCCACCUGCAUUGUUUUUGGUGACCCUCACUACCGCACCUUCGAUGGGAAGAUGAUCAACUUCCAGGGGGCCUGCACUUACGUGCUGGCAGAGGACUGUGAGGGUGGAGACUUCAGCAUUCAUGUCAUGAACGACGAUCGCGGCCGCAAAGGCGUAUCUUGGACCAAGGAGGUGACCAUCUUCAUUGGCGACGUCAUGGUGCAGCUGCUGCAGAACUGGAUGGUCAUGGUGGAUUACCAGACUGUAACUUUGCCUUACCUGAAGGAGCCUUACAUUUAUGUGGAGCGCAAGACGAACACCAUCUUACUGAACACCAAUAUUGGAGUGAAGGUUCUGUGGAACGGGAAGUCUCACCUGGAGGUGAGUGUCCCAGGGACCUACAAAAACCACAUGUGUGGCCUCUGCGGGAACUUCAACAACUACCCCCAGGAUGACAUGAGGCUUCCCACUGGCCAGGCUGUCAAAUCUGAGGCUACCUUUGGGAACAGCUGGAAGGUGAAGAGAGAUAAUGACACUGCCAGCCAGUGCAGAGACGGAGAGGACAUCGACCCCUGCAAGGAGGCCGGCUAUUUUGCCCGCAAGAUGGGCAAUGUCCGCUGCGCCAUCCUGAAGUCUGAGGUGUUUGAGCGCUGCCACAAAGUCAUCCCUCCGGAGAUGUUCUACGCGUCCUGCGUGUAUGACCUGUGUGCCUGCGGGGCCAACUCUGACGACUGCCUGUGUGACGCCCUGGAGGCCUACGCCUCGGAGUGUCGGGAGGCCGGGGUGGUGCUGCAGUGGAGGACCCACGCUCUGUGUGCUGUGGGCUGUCCCCUUGACCGUGGCUUUGUUUUUGACGAGUGUGGGCCCCCCUGCCCCAAGACCUGCUUCAACAAAGACGUACCCCUGGGGGUCAUCGAGUCGCACUGCUUCAAGCCCUGUGUCCCCGGCUGCCAGUGCCCCGCUGGGCUGGUGGAGCACGAAUCGCACUGCAUUUCCCCUGAGACCUGCCCUAAGAUAAUCUACGGCAACUCAUGACAGACACCCUGCACAUCCUGUCUGUCCACGUAAUGGUGCUAUAACUCCGCUGAACUCGCACUGGAGAGUCAGAAAGCUCUGUUUGUCCUAAGUGCUCUGCUCUGCUCUGCAUCACACCUUGCAAAAGCCAUAGAAUGCCACGCUUUUCUUAGAACUGUACUAUUGUAAAUUAUCCUUGCAGUGAAGCAGUGGCCAUAUAAACGGCCUUGGCUAUUUGUAAAGUUUAUGUUUUUAAAAUUGCACCUUUUGACAUUUAUAUACUGAUCAAAGCCUGAAGAAAUUUUACAGUCAAAAAUGAGUUUGGCACAUGUUAAACUUAUCCUGUAGGUUUGAGGUAUCACAUUGAAUGAAACAGAAGAAAGUUUCAUAUUUGUAUUUCCAGGGGACAGAACUAAUCAGGAUGUGGGACCAGCUUCCUGUUUCCUGUCAAUGACAUCAUAGGCUUAGAGUAAAAAUAUUUUUAUACUUAUCUUUAUGGAUUAAUUUCAAUGAUAUUAAAUGAAGUAAUUAAUUAAAAUGGUAGACAAAAAAUAUUCUUCUAAUAUUCCGCAGGAAUGUGUGAGUUACCUGUACCUAUGCUGUGUGCAGUUUUUAAUGUCAGUUUUACAAUGCGUAGCCAACCCUCGCAUAUUAAGUCUGAAGCCAAAAUAAGAAAAUUGAACACUGUGCAAAGCUACAAAAUUUACAUUUACUGCAAUAAUUAAUUCAACAUAACUUUGGCAGACAUUCACAUGAACAAUUGUGCUGUGUAAGAAUUAAAAGGAAAAAUCUCCAAAAAUGUUAUAGUCCUGAUGCCCUGAGGACGGAGUAAACUUUUUAUUUUGCUCGCAGUUUGACAAUUUAUAUGUAAAGCCGUCUCAAAGGUGCUUCUCUAAGCCCUAAAAUGAAAAAGGGAAUUGCUUUGAUGAAUGUGGAAAUGUAAGUGAUUAAAACACAAAAAUUUGUCUUUUCUACUUUAUUCAUUCUCCACUGAAUGAGCCUGCGAGUAUCAAGUUAAGUUCCAGUGAAAAUGAACUUAACAAAGGAAGGGGAAAAGGGAAAGGCAUUAGAAUAUGGGUGUUUUUCCUAACAUACCUAUUGUCUGUAUCAAGGGCUUUAAUUCAGUCAAAGGCCCUUUGGGCUUUGUCUGUAACAUUGUGAAACAAAGUCCUUCAGGGCAUUUUAUUGUUUUUCAAAGAGCUUAUUUUAAACUUUUGGAUUUACAUUGAUGUAUUCUCCACGCAGCUUAUAUGGAAGUUUCUGAAUGUACAUAAAGGAAUUAUAAAAAUGUUAAGUUUUUUAAAAGUAAGUAACGCUGAGAUGAAUAUGACGUUAAAUCACAUCUUAUUUAGUCCAACGAGAAAAAAUAAUAAAAUGGCCAUUUCACAAAGAUUCAAACUAGUAUUUGUAAUAGAGUUGAAAUUAAUGUUUUUUUAUUGACUGAGCUGUUUCAUUCUGUUGAAUUCAUGCUUUAGCUCUUGGUUUUGACUGUGAUAAAAUCACCUUCAACCUCAUGGGAUUUUCACAUUUGUUCAUAACCGUGAAAAAGAGAAGUCUAUUUUGGUAUUAGGGUAGUUCUGUUGUGAAGCUGUUUUUCAGAGGUCUUUGCUCAAUACCUCAAACUAACGGUUAGUAUCAAGUAGUAAAAUGAGUAAUAAUCUGAAAACACUAUUCUGUUCUUCCAACGGAUGCCUGCUGUGGAUUUACUGGAUCAGAUUUAUGCUGUAUGUGUCAGGUGAUCUGAUCUGAUAUACACAUAUAUGAUAUGUAUGAACAUGCACAGUUUAUCUAAAAUACUGUAUAAUAACCUUGUUUCCAUAUGAAUGGUUUUUCUGUCACUGGAUAAUUGUUAAAAUGGAGGAAUGUGCAAAAAUCUUAAAGCAGCUACCCGUUGCAUACAUUAUGAGCCUUUCUCAUAUAGCCUUGGUGUUAAUAUUGUUAAAAUGGUGUACAACCAUAUACAGAGAUUAAAAAACUAGUGACUGAGUAAAUGAGGUUUUCUAAAGUACAAUAUCAUGGUUUAUUCCUGUCUAUUUAUUUUUUUAUUUUGUAUUAUUUUUUACCUGAUUUAGAUUAAUAAACAUGUGCUAUAAAGAGA